ACGGCGGCGGCAGUAGUAGUAGCAGUAUUAUAGUAGCAGACAGCUGUGGUGUUCGCGUCGUGCAGUCGGUGUCGUUUCCUUCGCGUUUACAUCACUCGCGCCGUAAAAUAUUUUGAAAAUCGUUCGCCCGCCGUCGCACCGGUCGUGUUAUCGUUAACGUCGUCGUACAUUAAUAAUUGUUUGUUUCCGUCGUCUCCAUCGUUUACCGCCGGAAGUCCGCUCGCGGUGCGUCCUCUCGACGUGCCAUGACAACAGCGGCCGGUGCACCGCCACCACCGUAACUGCAGUCGCGUUUCGUUUCCGUUUGUAUAGUCUUCGUCGUAUAGUAUUCGCAACCGUCCGCAACAUGUUGAAGCUGUUGGGCGGACUCAGGGAGUUCGUCAAACGUCAGCCGGUGACCAUCGACGGUACGGUUUUCCGGGUACACGUCACGUUCACCACCGUCGUGUUACUCGCGUGCUCCAUAAUGGUGACGGCCACGCAGUACGUGGGCAAUCCGAUCCAGUGCAUCGUGGACGGGCUGCCCACCAGGCCGGUAAACACGUACUGCUGGAUCACGUCCACGUUCACCAUGCCGGACGCGUUCCUCAGGGAACAGGGCGUGGGCGCCGCGCACCCGGGCGUCGGGCCCGAAAACGGUGAACCACCCAAGUAUUACACGUACUACCAGUGGGUGUGCUUCGCCCUGUUCUUCCAGGCCAUGUUGUGCUACUUCCCCAAGUGGGUGUGGGACAUGCAGGAGGGCUCGUUGAUGUCCACGCUGGUCAUGGGCCUGCAGAUCGGGCUGGGCGCCGAGAAGGAGCGCGAAAAGCAGAAGAAGAUACUCGUCAACUACAUGCUCACCCACAUCAGAAAACACACCUGGUAUGCAGCCAAGUAUUGGAUGUGCGAGUUCAUGUGCCUGGCCAACAUUGUGCUGCAGAUAUACUGGAUGAAUAGAUUUUUUGGUGGAGAGUUCUAUACGUACGGGUUGCGCGUCAUUGGCAUGUCCACCGAACAUCAGGAAAAACGGGUGGACCCGAUGGUUUUCAUUUUUCCUCGGGUGACCAAGUGCACGUUUCACAAGUUUGGACCCUCGGGAACCGUGCAAAAGCAUGAUUCGCUAUGCGUGUUACCACUGAACAUCGUAAACGAAAAGACUUACAUAUUCAUAUGGUUUUGGUAUCUACUGUUGUUGGGAGCGUUGAUCCUAAUGAUCUGUCACAGGGUGAUGAUCAUGUACAACGCGACCGCAAGGAAGAACUUGUUGCGGUACCGUCACUACAGGUUGAUAACCGACGACGUCGCCAAAGCCGUGACGAACAAAAUAUCGUUGGGUGACUGGUGGGUGCUGUACAUGCUGGGCAAGAACCUCGAUCCGAUCAUUUACAGGGAAGUGGUGCGCGAAAUCGCGAAAAAAGCCGACAAAAUAUGACGGACGAGACGUCUGCCGAUUCGAUAUUACCGAACGAUCCGGUACAUAUCGUCAUAAUCGUCAUUAUAGGUACUUUCGCGAUCGGUGUUCAAAUUUAUAUUAUGUCUUUAUAAUAUUUUCGUAUUAUUAUAAUAUUACAUUGUCGGGACGACUUAUUUAUUUAUUUUUUCGUUUUAAAAUCUAGCUAGUUUCGGUUGAAAUCCGAAACUAUUUUCACUUUAAUAUUUUUUUUUUCAUUACGCGUACCUACGUAUUAGGUGGUUUUAAUUUUAAUUUAUUAUUAAGAAUUUUUUCAUCGUUCAUUAAAUAAAAUCGGGUAUCCCCCAAACACUCGUAUAUACAUUAUAAUGACAAACGGUAUUGAAGUACAAAAAGUUGUAUACUAACAACACGGGGACAAGACUAUUAUAAUAUUACAAUAAUACGUAAAAACAUAAAUUAUUUAUUACAAUGUAAAACGUUUUGUUUAGAUUUUUUCUAUACUUUUACACGACUGUAUACUAUUAUUUAUUAUUAUAUAACUGUAUCCUAUUCCUAUUCAACACUUUUUUGUGAUAUUUUUUUUUUUUUUUGCUUAUUCGGACGACAUAAUGUAUCUAAGCGUGAACCAGCAAAAUAAUACCACAGAAAGAUCAAAAUUAUCAUAAAAUACUAAAGUAUGACAACUACCUACGUAUAGUAUAAUAUAAUAUAUAUUAUUAUUAUAUAAAAUAUAAAUAAUAAAUUUGUAUUUUUUUUUCAUUUUUGUUAGUUUUACAAUUUUUAUUUAUAUUUUUGUACGUUUAAUAAAGUUCACUAUUUAUUUUAUAUUCUAUAAUAAUAAAAUAAUAUAAUCAUAUUUUAAUAUAAUGUAAUACCUACCUAUGUAAAAUAGGCGGAUAGAUAUACUUAUAUAUACUAUCACCUUUGGGUACAUUGUAUAUUAAUUAUACAUUUAUACUCACGUGUAAUAAACUUCAGGAAUUUCGUACUUCAAA